AGAGAAAAUGUUUAAUUGUAUUUAGUGUUGAGUUCUCGAAAAGUUGAUUCGUUAAUCGUGAUGAGUUUUCUAACUUUAAUUAGUUUGUUUCUUGUUUUCUCCGUUUCCUUAGCAAGCGAAUGUAAUAAACGGACUUACACCGCCGAUUCGUUUGUCUGUGUUUGUGAUGCAAAUUCGUGUGACACUUUGGACAUUGAAAAGACCUUCGAACAUGGUAAAAUAUUCAUCUACGAUUCAGAUCAGAAAACCUCACGAUUAGAGAAGACAAUUGUUACCGUUGAUCAAGCAAAGGCCAAGAUUUACAAUGACAAUCAAUUUGUGUUGAACGUUGAUGUCAAUGAUAAAAAGCAAAACAUUUUGGGUUUCGGUGGUUGUUUCACCGAUGGAGCAGCAAUUAACAUCGAUACACUUUCAGAUGAUUUAGUUGGACAAUUUAUGGCAGAUUAUUUUGGACCUAAUGGUCUCGAAUACAAUAUUGGACGAGUUCCAAUCGGCGGAUCUGAUUCAUCGGUUCGAGCUUAUUCCUUGGACGAUACCGAGUUCGAUUUUGAAUUGAAACAUUUCGCUCUUGCCGAAGAAGACACCAAAUACCGAAUUCCAUUACUCAAGUUGGCUAAGGAAUUGAAUCCUCAGUUCCGAGCCUUUGGUUCAGCUUGGUCAUCCCCUGCGUGGAUGAAAGUUAAUCAUCAACUGAAUGGUGCCGGAGGCUUAAUUUGGGGACCCGGUGAUGUUUAUUACAAACUCUGGGCUAAAUAUUAUGUCAAAUAUUUGAAUGCUUACUUGGAACAAGGAAUCAAAUUCUGGGGAUUGACCACUGAAAAUGAACCCGCUGAAGGAUUCAGGUCAGGUUAUGCUUGGAAUGCUUUGGGUAUGAAACCUGAAGAGAUUCGAGACUUUGUUAAACUCGACUUGGGUCCAGCUCUUAAAGCCGCUGGUUGGGGAAAGGAAAAUUUAACCCUCAUGAUUAACGAUGAUAAUACUAACGAUAUCGAAAGUUAUUCAUCCGUCUUAUUGGACGAUGCUGAGGCCGCUUCUUACGUCACCGGUAUCGCUUAUCAUUGGUAUUCUCGAAAUUAUCCAUCUUCGUAUCAAAUUUUAUCCAAAGUCCAUGAUAAAUAUCCGAAUUACUUUUUAUUCUCAAGUGAAGCGGGUAAUUUCGGAAUUGCUUCUCAAUUCCUUGGUGCUUGGGAUCGAGCUGAAUCUUAUGCUAUCGAUAUUCUGGAAGGUCUUCAACAUUGGUCAACAGGGUGGACCGACUGGGCUUUAGCUGUAAACACCGAUGGUGGACCUAAUUGGGCAAAGAAUUGGGUCGAUGCUACAAUCGUUAUCAACGCAACUUCCCAAGAGUAUUACAAGAAUCCAAUGUACUAUGCAUUAGCCCAUUUCACGAAAUUUUUACCCAUCGGAUCAACUCGAGUUGGUAAUAGUGUUCUCAACGCUCCGGCCAAUGUUCACACUACCUCAUUCAUCACUCCGAACAACAAUUUAGUUUUAAUUCUGUUAAAUACCAACAAUGAUCAUGUAGAUAUGACAAUCAAUGGUUUCGCUAGCAAAUCGAUAACAACAACACUCAAACCAAGAUCAAUUCGUAACAUGGUGAUUGCUUUAUAAUCAAAUUUUGAUUGUUUUAAAUAUCAAUUACAACCAAUCAAUGAUUUUACAUCAAAAGAUAAUUAAAAAUGUUCAAGACAAAAACACAUAUGAUGUUUUUUUCUCAUGUCAUCAUUUGAAACAAUUAAAUCGCUGAUCAGAUUUUUGUAAAUAA